GAGUGCCGAGCUGCCGAUCGGGUUUCCCGGCAGGCGCAGGCGGAAAAAGCGAGCACCGAGCUUCUGUCGCCAUCUCCGGGACUCCAAACGCCCCAGGUCUCUUGUGCUGUAUAGCUGCCUGGGCCUGCAGGAUGUUCCACGGGAUCCCAGCUACUCCUGGUGUUGGAGCUCUGUGAUACAUGGCAUGGGAGACACCUUCUUGGGACGUAACUGAAGUGGGCCUGUCCUGGGGUCACCCUUGUCAGCUCCUCCUUGCUCUGUUGCAGCCCCUGGGAACAAGCCGGAGCUGUAUGAGGAAGUAAAGCUCUACAAGAAUGCUCGGGAGCGGGAGAAGUAUGACAACAUGGCAGAGCUCUUUGCCGUGGUGAAGACGAUGCAGGCCCUGGAGAAGGCGUACAUCAAGGACUGUGUCACCCCCAAUGAGUACACUGCAGCCUGCUCCAGGCUCCUGGUCCAGUACAAAGCUGCCUUCCGACAGGUCCAAGGCUCAGAGAUCAGCUCCAUUGAUGAAUUUUGCCGAAAGUUCAGACUGGACUGCCCACUUGCUAUGGAGAGGAUCAAAGAGGACCGGCCCAUCACUAUCAAAGACGACAAGGGCAAUCUCAACCGCUGCAUUGCAGAUGUUGUUUCGCUCUUCAUUACAGUCAUGGACAAGCUGCGUCUGGAGAUCCGUGCCAUGGACGAGAUUCAGCCAGACCUGCGGGAGCUGAUGGAGACAAUGCACAGAAUGAGCCACCUGCCUCCAGACUUCGAGGGCCGCCAGACAGUCAGCCAGUGGCUGCAGACCCUGAGUGGUAUGUCGGCCUCUGACGAGCUGGAUGACUCUCAAGUUCGCCAGAUGCUCUUCGAUCUGGAGUCCGCUUACAACGCCUUUAACCGCUUCCUACACGCCUAAGCCUCACCGAGACAGGAAUGAGAGUGGUAGAGAUGUGACGACUCAGCCCCCCAGUGUGUCUACAUCCGUCCUAGAUGCCUAUAUUGUCAGGAUAUCACCCACAAUAAAUAUUUGUCUAACCUUCCUGCUGUGGGCAGCUAUACUGAG